AUGUAAGUAGAACCCUACAUAAAUACAGUAGUGAAAAUAUAAGAUAAUAGCAUUCUAAAAAAUGCUAAAUUAAAUAGAAGAAAGUAAUAGAAUACCUUAUAUGAUAAUGAUGGAUUGACAGUGAGAUUCUCUCCAAACUAGGAAGCUCAUGAACUUGUUUGUUUUUAAACAGACUAGGCUAUCACAUCACCAUUUUAUUACUUUGAAGUAAAAAUCCUGAAAAAGGAAAAUGCGAAGAAGUAAUAUUGAUUAAUAAUAAAUAUAGUACAAUAUCAAUUGGAUUGGCAUAUGAUAAUUAUUAAAUAAGCAAGCCUUUAGGUAUCAUAGGUGGAAGUAUAGGAUACUAUUCUGAUGGAAAAGUUAUACUAAAAAAACAAGAGAUAGAUUUAAAAUUAAAUCCAUAUAAGUAAGAUGAUGUUGUAGGAUGUGGAAUUCAUAAAUAGGAAAUAUUCUUUACAUGUAAUGGAGAUCGAAGUUUAAAUACAGUAAAGAUUGAUUUUAAAGAACCAUUGUAUCCAACAGUGGUUUGUGGAGAUGCAGUGAUUUUAAAAUUUAAUUUAGGAGCUAGUCCUAUGAUUUAUGAUUUUUAGAAAGUAUUGUAAAAGGAAAAGAAUGAUAUAAUAUAAGAAAUCGAUAAAUAAGAUGUUUCUCCUUACAGUCUUCAUUUAAUUAUUUAAGAGUAUUUAUGGAGUUAGGGAUAUUUAAAUUCUUUGAAAUAAUUUGAAAGAGAGAGUUCUCUUUAAGAAAAUGAGAAUAUGAGAUUAGAAAAAAAACAAGAUGAAAUGAUAUAUGAAGAAGAAUAGUAAUGUGAUGGUGAUUUUAAAUUAAAAUAGAGUCUAUAAAUGACCCCAAUGUCUGCACUAUAAAGAAAAUUAAGUGGAUUGUAAAGUCCUAAUUUCUAAUAAAUUUCAUCUAUCGAGAGGAAAGUAAGUGGAUUUUAUUUGGAUGAGUAAGAAAACAAUAAUGAACUCAAUUAAAUAGCUGAAUAAGCAUUCUUAAAAGAUUAAUUAGUCAAUUAAGAAAGAAUAAGUAAGUUUUAUAUUAAAAUUAAGAAAUUCAAAAAUUCAUAAGAGAAGGUAAAAUAGGAGAAGUAUUUGAUAUUCUAUUAGAUAUGAUACCAAGAUUUUUAUAAAAAGAAGGAGUCUAAUAGACUUUGUAUUCCUAAUACUUUAUUGAAUUAAGUAUUUAUAUAAUUCAUAAACUUAGUGAAAAAAGAUAAAGUUUAAGAGGCAAUUGUAUUGGGUUAAAUGCAUUUGAGUUAACAUUUGCAUUAUUAAGUAGAAUGUGUUGAUGAGAAAUUUAAUCCUAUUAAAAUGAAGGUUGAAAAUAUAUUGGGAUUGAUUUGUUAUGAUGAUAUUGGAACUAGCUUUUUAAGAGGCCUCAUAAGUUAACAAUAAAGAGAAAGAGUAUGUGAUUACAUCAAUAGAAGUUUAUUAAGUAUUUUUUUUAAUUAUUUUAUUUUAGUUGAAUUAGGAUAUGAGGAUGAAUCAGCUUUGGAAAUAUGUCUUAAAUAAUUAACUUAAGUUUGUGAUCAAAUCUAAUAAAGAGGAUUAUUAGGAGGACAUUCCAUAUAGCUUUUAUGA